AUCGAUUCAAUUCAUAUAUUGACUACUCUCCAAUGGCAACCCCUAAGCCUGAAGUGGAUCCUCAUGAACUCGCCCAGUAUGCUGCGCGCAUCAGUGAACAUUUGAAAGAACUCGAAGCUUCUGUCGACCAAUGGCGAGAAUACCGUGACGAUUACAAACAGCUCGGCCAAUUACUGUCUACACUGCCAGACAAGACUUCAUACGAUAUCAUGGUACCCAUCGGCAAGCUCGCCUUCAUGCCUGGUCGGAUCGUUCACACAAACGAAGUGCUUGCUUUGUUGGGAGAUAACUGGUUCGCCGACGUUUCAGCCAAAGAGGCAGCUGAAAUUGUCGCCAGACGACAACAAGUGGUGGAGGAAAAUCUAAGCAUGGUGGAAACUCAACUAAAUGAAACCAAUGCAAGAGCUGGUGCUGCUCCUGGUGUGUUCAAGGCAGAGCAAUACGGACUGAAUGAGCAAGGCUUACCGUUCAUGGAAAUCAGAGAGGAACUGCCGGAUGAAAAUGGGCAAGACGAGACUAGUCCUAGCAGUGUUCCCAAUUCUGUGGAGGCAGCUAGAAAACUCCAGCCAUUGGAAAAAUCAAAGGCGGAAAAGCUGGCCGAUCAAGCGUUACUAGAAAAGCUCAAGGCAUUGGAGUUGGAGGAAGGCGACAUCUCAGACGAAGAUCAAGAAGAGAAAGUUGCUCAUGAUGACGAUGACGAUCUCGACAUGUUGAGUGAUGACUAUGACACAGAGAUUGCUGAAAAUAUGUUUGACCAAUUCGAUGAUGACGAAGAAUACGCCAUGGACGGUGUGGUGGACGAGGAAGAUUAUACAUACCACGAUUUCCAAGAAGAGGAAGCGGCGUCAGAUGUGGAAGCUAUGGACACUAUAACAACACCAAGUGUCCAACAUGCCAUGGACCGCGCUGCAGCAGAUGCACCAAUAAGCAUGCCCGUGCCAGAUCCAUCACCACUCGUUGAUACAGUCAAAGAACGAGUGGAGGAACCAACGCUCAUUGUACCUGGCGAUGUAAAGGGUAAAAAAAGGACAAAACCCAUCAUAAAGCCCCGAGUAUCUCGUUUCAAGCAAAAUCUCGCACAACAACAAGCUCCCACCGACGAAGAAAAGUCUCCAAAAAAAGUAUCAUGGGGCCCAGAUAUCAUUCAUGAACACCAGGCAGCAAAACCCUCUCAGCAAGUUGAUGAAGAUGAGCUUGAAAUCCAGCAGAUUCCCAAUGAACCAGUCUACAAUAUCAGAUCACCGGCAGACAUUUACCAUCAGUUGCUGGAUCAACGAAUGGCAGAACAAGCUAGUCAAACAGAUAAUGAACCAGUGGACGUACAAAGUCUGUUGAAAGACGCUGCUAUCAUGAAAGAAACCAUUUACAUGCCAUCGGAACGUGAUAUUCCGCAGGUCACUACCAGUCCAAAAAAGAAGGUCUCUCGAUUCAAACAGCAACGAGACCAGGAUCGAUCCAGUGAUAGCAUAGCUUCUCCUCCCGCUUUGCAGCAAAGUAAGCUGGAUACCUCCACUAUGCGAGGUGCGGUUGUGGAAAAAGAAACAGAGGAUGUGGAUUUGGAGGAGGUUGAAGACAAUAUGCUUGAAAAAGAGGUGGCGGCAGAAUAUCAGCGCAAGAGACAAAACAUGAUCGCAAGUCAGGGGGGUUUUUCAUAUGCAAACAAACCUGAAUUUGAGGUGUACGAUGAUGAACUCCCAUUACCUAGUAAUGAUCCCAAACGUUCUGUACCUUCCGUGGAAGUCGAAGAAAAACCUAAACGAGUAUCAAAGUUCAAGGCAGCCAAAUUGGCGUCCAAAGCGCAACGACCUCAAUAGAAAAAAAACAGCCCUUUAUGCCAUAGAUGCAAACAUUCUCAUACAACUUGUAUAUUACACUGUUUCUAGAAAUUGUUCAUAUUUAUCAUGGAUUGCUUUGCUGUGGUUAUUUUUCAAAACAUCAUGGUUUGUUUCGUAUGUGUAACUCCAACCUGAUAUUUUGUUAUGACGAUGCUGUCAACAUGCAAGUAUAACUUUUUGUCAGGCCGUUGACUGGCAUAUUUCACCCGAUAAAUUCUGUUAUCUGAAAUUUUAUGCAUCGAC